AUGAUUGGAAUACAACGAUAUCUUUUCAAAUCUAUCAGGAAGUGUACUUCAUGUUACCGUUAUCGAAACAUUUCGCAUAUGCCGAGUGAUGAUGAAAAAACAAAGAAUAAGGAAACUGAGCAAAAAUCAAAAAAGGAAACAGACAUUAAUAUUCAAAAGCCACAAUUCAAAAAUUACGAUUCUUUUCUGCCAGAUCACAAGGGUGACGUGAAAGUUUGCUUAAUUGGUGGGAGCGAUGCAACAAUUUACACAGCUGUACUUUUAAAACAAUCCCGCCUUAUAAAAAGAAUACAUAUAGUAGAUGCAAAAGAUUCAUUGGCUGGUGCAGUUUUAGAUGCUAACCACAUUGACACGUCGCCUCGUAUAAAAUAUUUUAAGCGAAAACAAUUAAAACUCGCCUUAAAAGAUAUAAAUAUUAUCGCGUUGAUGGAUGAGAAUAAUCCGAAUAUGGAUUUAAGUCCGGCAGCUUAUUUCGAGGUUGCAUCACCUUAUGUGUGCGAAAUGGCCGAACAAAUGGUACAAAUAAGUUCAGAAUCUUUGGUGGCUGUUUUCACUCGUCCAGUCACAGCUACGCUUCCUAUAGUGUCCGAGAUUUAUAAACUAGCCGGAUGGUGGGACCCGGACAGAAUCAUUGGUUCUACCGCACUUGAUCGUAUGCGAAUGGAGGCAAUAACCGCGAAUCUUCUAGAUUUAAAUCCCGCAUUCCUAUCUGUCCCAAUGGUCGGUGGAGCAGAUUCUAACACUAUUGUUCCGCUUUUGUCGUGUGCUACUCCAAUGAACCAGUUCAUCAGUGCACAACAAGAUAUGUUGUUACAAUCGUUACGUGGUGCAGACAAAGAAAUGGCAAAUAUCGAAUCCAGAGGACCCACGUUGUCCGAAGGAGCAGCAACCGCCAAACUGAUUCUCACAUUGGCCGGUGGGCUUAACGGGUUCAAAAAUAUGAUUACCUCUGCUUACGUACGAUCAAACGUUUUACCGGUAUGCCGAUUUUUUACGUGUGAAAUACAAUUUGGGCCAGCCGGUGUACAAAAAGUUUUUGGAUUACCUAAAAUGUCAUCUUCGGAAAUAAUGCUUGUCGAACAAGCGAUUCCUAGUAUAAACGAAUAUAUCGAUAUGGCGAUGAGAACAGUUCGCAGUAACAGUCAUAUGAAACUGAAAAAUGCAUGA